AUCUAGAUAAAUGUUAAACCUGCCUUCACACACGUUACAUCUAGCAGCCCUCUUCUCCGGACCCAUCUCUCCUUCUUUUUAUAUCUUUGUGGAUCUUUAAAGUUGAAAAUUCCAAGUAUUCGUGUUUACUAGGUUAUGCUGUGUCGAAAGAUGUCUAUAUUUUGGGUACUAUUGACCCUUAUUGUCUUUUCCUCUUUGACCUCUGCAAAAAAGCAGCAAGGUGGACCAAGGUUUAACGGAGGGAAGAUGUACAAAUACCGUUACACUGUGGAACUCCAGUUAGACAGAGGAGGAGGAGCUGUUGAAGAGACGGUAGGAUUUAAGAUUAUGUCCAAAGUCAACGUUGACUUGCUCUGGAGAAACUCAAGCGAUGAAGAUGAACAACUUAUUCGAAUAGCGAUAACUGAUGUCAAGCUUGAAAAUGUGAGUGAACGGGCAGAUGGCAAAAACAUCUUUAAAGGCACCAGUGGAGAGGAAACCCUGGGAAAAAGUGACCUAGCCACCCUGAAAAAUCCAGUCCUUGUCCAUUGGAUCAAUGGAAAGGUGAAAACAUUCUACUCAUUCUCAAAUGAGCCUGUGGUGCUGCAAAAUAUCAAGAGAGGUCUAGCCAGCUUGUUCCAAGUACAAUUCAAGUCUAGACGUGUUACUGAGGUUGAUAUCUCCGGAAAGUGCAAUGUUGAUUACCAGGCACACGAUGACCAGGUAACCAAAAUGAAAAAACUGGACAGCUGCAAGGUGUCACAGAGAGGAUUCACUGGUUACAACAAGGUAUUAGGGGUUAACACAACAUCACUAUCAGUGAGCAUGUACGUACUAAAGAAGAAUUUAAUUCAUUCAGUAUUAUCUGAGGAGCAUCACCUGAUAUCACUAAAUCUACGACAAGAACUUGCAGCCAAAAUUACAUCAAUACAGAGGUUGGAGUUUCUGACAACUGAAGCUGGACCAAAAGAAAUCCAAGGAGAUCAGAUGAGCAGUGUUGUUAAUUCGGUGAAUUCCGAAUAUGCCCCCAUCUCUCUAAUCUCUGGAGUAGUUAAAGCAAGAUGCAAAGGAUGUCCUUCACUUGUUGAAUACUGGCAGACUAUUCGUGAAGAACUAGAGCCUGACAACCUUGCAAAAGCAUCUGCCUCCAGGCACUUCAUAUCUCUGGUUCAUGCUCUGAGGAAAGUUAAGAAGGAAGAGAUCCUGCAAAUUCUGAGAAGCGAAAGUGAUAGCAGACUCCCACCACUAGUCGAUGCUGUGACCUCGGCUCACACCGCUGCCUCUCUGGCAGCAAUGUUGGAAUUCCUGGACUUCCGAAAUGACAGCAGCUUCAUCCUGCAGGAGAGGUUCCUGUAUGCCUGUGGCUUCACCUCUCAUCCCACAGAAGAAUUGCUAAAAGCCUUAAUGGGUAUAAUUGAUGGAGAAAUUAAGAGCGCUGAUAUCCGAGAAACUGUUGUUAUCAUCACUGGGGCACUUGUCAGAAAAUUCUGCAAGAAAGGACAGUGUGAACUACCGACAGUGAUUAAAGCAAAGGAAAUGAUUCUGGAAGGGGCAAAGAAAGCGACAAAGGAAGCUGAGACUGUGAUGUAUCUUCUUGCUUUGAAAAACGCCCUCCUUCCCGAGGCAAUUCCCAUUUUGCUGACACAUGCAGAGUCAGGUUCUGGUCCUGUCAGCAAUAUUGCAGUCUCAACUAUACAGAAAUAUGAGCAAGCUUUCAUCACGGAGGAGGUGAGAAAGGUAAUGAACAGGAUCUACCAUCAGAACAAAGGGAUCCAUGAGAAGACUGUGCGUGUGGCUGCCGCAGAUGUCAUCUUUAACAACAACCCCUCCUACAUGGAAGUUAAAAAUAUUCUCCUCUCCAUCGGUGAAAUGGCACCUGAGAUGAGCAAAUAUUUACUCGCAAAGAUUCAGGAUAUUCUCCGCUUUAAACUUCCCGGAAGUGAGGUGGUGUGGAAGGUUCUGAAAGACACUAUUGCUCACAACUAUGACCGUUUCUCCAAGAUUGGUUCCUCGUCGGCCUACUCGGGAUACAUGAAACAGGGCACUGACUCCACAUCCACAUACAGUCUGGACAUCCUGUACUCAGGCUCUGGCAUCCUUAGAAAGAGCAACAUGAACAUCUUUGUACUCAGCCAGGAAUCCCAACUGCAUGCUACCCAGGUUGUGAUUGAAGCUCAGGGAUUAGAGUCUUUAAUAGCUGCAACACCAGAUGAAGGGGAGGAGAACCUGGAGUCCCUGGCCAGCAUGUCGGCUGUGUUGUUUGAUGUCCAGCUCAGGCCCGUCACCUUCUUUCGAGGCUACAGUGACUUGAUGGCCAAGAUGCUCACCACGACUGGUGAUCCGAUGAGUGUCGUCAAAGGGCUCAUUCUGCUCAUUGAUCAAUCCCAGGUUCUCCCACUGCAGUCAGGCCUGAGGGCAGCUGUGGAUUUCCAAGGAGGUUUGGCCAUUGACAUCUCAGGUGGAAUGGAAUUCAGCCUCUGGUACCGGGAGUCUAAAACCACUGUCAGCAACCGGGGUGCAGUGGUCGUAGUUGGCAACAUCACUGUGGAUUCGUUGUUUGUACAGAGUGGGGUGGAAGUAAGUGUGGAAUCGGAGGCUUUGCUCAAUUUCAUCUCCACUGUGAAGUUCUCUGAGUACCCCUUCCUUGUCUGUAUGCAGAUGGACAAAGACCAGUUCCCUUUCAGGCAAUUUGUGACCAAGUAUGAAAGACUAUCAUCAGGACAAACAUACAUCUCUCGGAAAGGCAGGAAAACUGUGAUACCUGGAUCAGAAUUCCCUCUCCACCAGGAAAACUCUGACAUGUGCAGAAGGGUCUUUGCGACAGAGUCGGACUCAUCGGACUGGUUCUGAGAUCAGAUAGGUGGGAAGGGGGGAAGAUGAGAAGGGGUGAUCUGUCACUUAUGACAGACCCUACAAGGGGAAGAUGCAAAAAUAAAAUAAAACUAGAGAUUGGAGGAAGCUGGCACCAUCUGCCCAGCAAGUAGGAGGGAAUGAGUCUGAAUUGUUAAGUGAUUCUAAAUGUGGAAAGAGGUCUUCUGUCUGCCUGCUGCCGAGAUCUUUAAAACCUUAUGAAGUGAAUAAUUUUAACAAAAAUUAAUUUCAGGAAACAGACCCCCUUGAGUUCUUAUCUUUCAGGACAUCCUGAUGUGCUUUACAAUCAAAGAAACAAUUUAAGUCACUCUUAAAACAUAGGAAAAACAGCUGCCAAUUUAUGCAUAGAAUUUCCAAAAAAAAACUUAACAAGGCAAUACCUUGAUAAUCUGCUUUAGAAAUGCUGAAGGAGACAUAAAUAUUGGCUAGGUCAUGCCAAGUCUUAGUUUCUUUUACAGCUCACCUAGACCUGCUGUUAAAUCUUUUGCUCCUUCAGUUUCCUGUUGGAUGUAUCAGGUUAAAAUUACUCCUUUGUCCAACCCUCCCUGCAACAAACAGAUUGUGAAGAGCUGCAGUUCAGCAACUAGUGACAGUGGGCCGAGAAGAAAAAACUGCUGGGAACACUCAGCAAGUCAUGCAGCAUCCAGAGAGAGAAACAGGUUUGAAGAUCUUCGUUAGAACCGAUGAAGUGGGAAAAGAAGGUUAACUUUAAGCAAAAGGGUGGGAGGUAACGAAGGAAAUAUCUCUGAUAUGAAGAGACUUGGAUUGCUUGAAAAGACGUGAUCCCCAUGCUUACAAAGAAAGCCUUCUGGUUAACUAAUAAGAGCAGAUGGAGAGAGAAACCAAGCACAGAUAGAUGGUGAAACUGUGAAAUGCAGGUUAAACUUUAACUGAAACAGAAAGGAAUUGGAUACUAUACUCGAUUCUUUCCUUUCUGAGCCAUCUGUUCAUGCAGUAUGAUUUGGUAGCAUGGAAGGAAACCCAUUCAACCAAUUGGAUCACCCAUGCUGAAGUAGUGGACUACCUUCCAGAGGGAAAAGCCUCCCUUUCCUGUGCAUCUGGGUACUAUGUGGACUUCGUCCAAGGUCAUUUACAAAAGGUAAACAUUGCCAAGACCCCAAACAUGGACAAAGAAAAGUCCAUAUGAAAUUGGGUCCAGUCAGAGACUAUACCCUGAAAGUCUCUGGGAUCAGCUAUCUGGAGAUGCUCUACUUUCCAAGUGCUAGUGGUACCCAUUGGCCAGUAUUUUUUACCACCACCUUGUAGAGGACCUUCUCAGGCUCUCUACAAGUGAUAGUAAAGUACAGUUCUGGAUGAAGCCUGUGGAUCCUUCCUGAUCCACACUUUUCUCCUAGGUAACUUGAAUCUAAAGUUGACGAAGACUUAGAGGGAGGAUAGAGUUUCUGUAAAACACACGGAUAACUCCAAGAAUGACAUUUAGAAUUAUUUGUUCAAUUCAGAUCAAUUCACUUUCCCUUUAAGGCUGUGUGUGUUAAUUUAAUACCUUUGUGAUAUUUACUUUUUUAUGUGUAUUUAAAGGUUUUUUUUUAAAUGUAGGGUGAGAUUGAACAGCUCACAGUCCAGAGGGUAAAACAGUUGUACAUUCAGACACAGCCAAUGAUGUAAAUGAGGGUGGGAGAAGGAGCAUGGAUGAGCACAGAAGAAAUAUUUAGGCUCUUCUACAGUAGCAACGUGUGUUGCAAGUGUUAUUUACAAUUCCAGUGACAUUUUGUGGAAUUGAAAACAAUCACAGCUGGUGAUUUCUGAACCAGGACUUCCUGCAAACACUUUUCCUCUCCAAUUGGACACAACUGACACAAACAGCGAUUUGGGGCCUUUUAAUUGGCGUGACUGACUUUAGCUGGGCCAGUGCCUCAAGGAUUUUUAAAUCAUCUCAAACUUCACAGUCUUAUUCAUGCUCUUUUCAUUGGUGAGACAUAAUUUUCAUCAUCAUUCAUGACCAAUCAGGAAACAGCAGACUCUUUUGAUCCAGUUGGGUGAUUCGCAUUUAACUAGCCCAUCUCCAAUAUUUUUAUAACUAAUAAAAACUAAUAAACAAAUAAAAACAAUGAAAAUAAAAAUAUCAUUUGUUUAUCCUCUGUAUGAUUUCUGUCCCAAUAAAGGGCUGAAGAUUCAUCUUUAAUUCCUGGAGUUGGCAACUACGAGCAUUUGGUCACCUGAAGUUGUCAGGAAUAAUAGUUAUGCACACACUGUGACUCAGAAUGGAACUUGGAAAAUAUAAGCUGUGAACCAGAAUUAAAUAGA